CAGAGCAGAGGGAGGGGUAUGAGCCGAGAGUGUUGUUGUCUGUCGCUGCUGGGGACACACUGAGCUGCCAAGGUCGGUGAAAGUACUGCUGAAACCACCGUAACAUCCAUAAAAGUACUACCUCAAGACACACACGGGCAGGGACACAAGAUUUACAGCCCGCAGACCCAGAGCGACGGCAACAAAGUGAAAGCAGUGUAAGGAGGACUAAAACAAUUGGCCAAGAGACAAACAGAAAGCGGAUGAUAUAGACAGCAACCCGAGGUCCUCCACCAGAGAAGGUUUGCUGGAAUGGGUAACCUGCUAAAAGUCCUAACAAGGGAUAUAGAGAACUAUCCACACUUUUUCCUGGACUUUGAAAAAACCAAAUGGGGAAUCUGUUAAAAGUGCUCACUUGCACAGAGCUUGAACAGGGGCCAAACUUUUUCCUUGACUUUGAAAAUGCACAGCCGACAGAGGGAGAGCGCGAGGUGUGGAACCAGGUGAACUCAGUCCUCCAGGACUCCGAGAACAUCCUGUCUGGCCUGCAGGCGUACAAAGGAGCCGGCCAAGAGAUCAGAGAUGCAAUUCAAAACCCUAACGACUUCAUGCUGCAGGAGCGAGCCUGGAACUCAGUCUGCCCGCUGGUCAUCAAACUCAAGAAGUUCUACAGUUUCUCACUCAGACUAGAGGAGGCUCUGCAGAGUUUGCUGGAGUCCCUGACAUGUCCACCCUUCACGCCCACUCAGCACCUGGAGAGAGAGCAGGCGCUGGCCAAACAGUUUGCUGAGAUCCUCCACUUCACUCUGCGCUUUGAUGAGCUCAAGAUGAGAAUUCCUGCCAUCCAGAAUGACUUCAGCUACUACAGAAGAACCAUCAGUCGAAACAGGAUAAACAACAUGAAUUUGGAUAUCGAGAAUGAAGUCAACAACGAGAUGGCCAACAGGAUGUCUCUGUUCUACGCUGAAGCCACACCCAUGCUGAAAACACUCAGCAACGCAACCACAAACUUUGUGACAGAGAAUAAGACUCUCCCACUGGAAAACACAACAGACUGUCUCAGCACCAUGGCCAGCGUCUGUAAAGUCAUGCUGGAGACACCGGAAUAUUCGAGUCGUUUCAGCAGCGAGGACACACUUUUGUUUUGCAUGAGGGUCAUGGUCGGAGUCAUCAUUCUUUAUGACCACGUCCACCCCAACGGUGCCUUCAACAAGUCCUCCAAGAUAGACAUGAAAGGCUGCAUAAAAGUCCUCAAGGACCAGCCGGCAGACAACGUAGAAGGCCUGCUGAAUGCCCUCAAAUUCACCACAAAACACCUGAACGACGAGUCCACUCCGAAGAACAUCCGGACGAUGCUCCAGUAAUGUUUGUUCUUUUUCUUUUUUUUUUCUUUUUUUUUUUUUUACAUAAACAGAUAUGAAGAGGAUCAAUGCUCUGACCUCAAUAAGAUGUAUAUGUUUACAUUAUUUAAAAAGACUCGAUGUUAAUACUUGUGUGUAUUUGCAUAGUCAUUCCCUCCAAGCUAUUGAACCCUGCAGAACAUGUACCUUCUACUUUGCAAAGACAGUAUGAAGUCACAUCACAUGAAUUGCCUCUACUGUUAACAGCUGUCAAAGCACAAAUGAUGGAAACCUAUCAGCCUUAUGUAACUGAGCUUUGUGAGCAGCACUUGGAAAAAAUGUUCUUGGAUGAAUCUUCUCAAUCUUUUAUUUGACAGUGAAAUAAGUUUGUUGUACAGCUUUUAGUCAAACUCAGCUCGGUUUUUUGAAGCAAAACAAAUCUUUCUUUGAAAGAGUGAACAUUUUAAAUUGUGACACAGGUUCUGGUUUAUAUCACAGUGACAGAUUUUGGGUCGACAUGUAUGAAACAAGUGAAGUUUUUUCAUUCUUUUAAUCUACAAAGAGUGCGAUUUAAUGACAGGAUAUGGAAUCAAUCAGUGUUGUGUUGCAGUGAACAGCUGAAUAUUGACAGCAGAUAAGGGAUUGAUUGGUUCAAUGUACAUAUUGCUAAAAGCAUUUUGGUGUGUUCUCUUUUUAUAGUCAGCUUUUGUAUUUGUCUUUUUUCUCUCACACUCCAGUCUUGUGCAACUGUUGAAAUAAAUCCACUGUGAACAUAAAAGUUACUUUGCACAUCCAGUAAGAUCCAGUAUGUCAAAGUUUGCUCUGAAGAGGUUUCACCAAUUGAAUAGGCUGUGAUGACGACACACAAAGAUCAAAUCAACCCACCAAAUAUUUUAUUUGUAUGCUUUGUAGCAACGCUCUGAAUGAGAGUUGCGUGUUUCGCCAUGUUUUAAAUGACUUUGUGGCUUUUGUACUAAACAGAAAAUGCAUUUCUCUAAAAGAAAGAAAAAAUCUGAAUAAAUAUGUGUUUAUUACUGAAAAAGAUUUUUGAAAGAAAGCUUUUUUGAAUAUUGCUUUCCUUUAUAGGUUUCUUUGGAAGCCCAUUUCUGCCAGUUUGAUGAGUAAAAAUGACCCUGUUAUUCAUUAUAAUGAGAAACUUGAUCAAAAUAAUGACUCUAUCAAAAUAAUGAAGUAUCUCGAAAUAAUGACUUGAAUUUCAAAGUAAGAGUCUGUAUUUCAAAAUAAUGUUUUAAAAUUUCUAAAUAAUUAGCUAGUAUCUCAAAAUAACAGUAGUACCUCAGAAUGACUUAGUAUUAUAGAAAAAAGUGAGUUAGUGUCUUAAAAUAAUGAUUGAGUAUUUCAAAAAUAACUUGGCAUCUUACAAACUUCAUCAAAAUAUUGACUCAGUGUUUCAAAAUAAUGAAAAAGUAUAAGUCGUUUUGAGAAAUUGUCUCAUCACUAAAUGAUUAUCUUGAGAUAUGAAGUCGUUAUUUUAAUAAAGUUUCCCAUAAUGACUCACAGGAUCUUUUUUAUUCGGCAGAAAUGGGCCUCCAUAGUAUGUUUCCAUUCUCUUUAGAAGAAAAUAAAUUCGUUUAAACCCUGAAUCGAUUCCCAGAGAUAUUAAAGGAAUAAAUCACCUCAUCUCCACUGGUGAGACUAAUGUGACUAGAUUCAAAUUAAAUAUGAACUUUUGAUAUUGUUUGACAUGUUUAAAAGCAUAUUUGUCUUCUGUUCAUCAAACUAGACUCAGGAUUGUUUCACAGCCCGAUAGUUAACAUUUUGAGAUAAUCUACACUCCAAAAUUUGCCUUAAUUUUGACCGCCAAGGUAAAAGUGAAUGACUUUCAAAACUUUCCACACAUUUUGUGGGUAUGAUCACUAAUCAAGCCAAUAUGAGAGUCUAUUGUGUAUUACUGAUACCCUGACUCACUCUACAACCCUUAGCUGAUCCUGAUUGUUCAUUCCCUCAGUGUGCAGCUGAGCAGCAGCUCCGUACAUACUCAAACCUGUGCAAGAGGUCAGACAAUCUCAUCAUCAUGACUGUUGUACAUUGCUUUAAGCUACACUGUUCCGUUUUACUGUAAUCUCUGAAGGCCAAUGGAGAAGAAAGUGUAUAUGAAAGGAUGCAACCAAUAAAUACUUCUAUCAGUUUUUAAGAUCGAUUUUAUUUUUGAUGUAAACCUUCCACGUUCACUUUCCCAGAGAAUAACAAGGACUUCACCCUACAAUCAUCAUGGAAAUGUCUGUGGCUUAUCAUGGAGCACAACAUUGCCUUAAAGACUUUGAUAAGCUGACAAUAUUAGGACUUAACCUGUGAAACCUGUAAAGACAACAUUUUUUAUGUUUCAUCCACAACUUUGACUUCAUAAGCCAUAUAUAUACAUAUAUACUGAUCCAUACACUCCUGCCCUUUGAUUAACACCUUAACAUUCAGUUCAUUAACAUUAAAUUAACACGUCAGGUAUCUACCAUUCAUUUAGCUCUGUUGUUUAUUUUUGAUCCUCCUGUAUUUAGUAAUAUAUACGUGUGUGUGUGUGAGCCAUACUUUGAAUGCAAUGUUUUAUAUGCAAUGAAUGAAAACUGUACAUGGACGAGACUCGGAGCGAGGUGUACGUAUGAUAUUGAUAUUUCAUAUCUGACUGAAGUGGUUCGGAAGGAGCCACGUAGUGAUUGAUGUACACGAAGCUUCCCUCUUUGCCCCAAGUGUUGCUACUGUGCGUUGAAUGCAAGACGUUGUUUUUGAAUACUGAGACAAAAUCAGUUUGUUUGUUUAAACUGACAGUUGUUUAAUAUUUUUUGGAGUUCAGACUCACUGUUUAUAUAAAUUGCUUUGGCUUUGUAUUGCAUAUUGAAUGGGAUGUGUGGAUUGGAUAAUAAAGGUGGUACAUUUCUUAUA